CGAUAGAGGGCGACAGAGAAGACUACACCGAGACUGAAGGGAGUGACGACGAGACGGAAGGAGGACUAGUAGGAAGAGGAGGAGGGGAAACCACAGCGUCAGGAGGAGAAGGAAGAAGAAUCCACACACUUUCCGACGGAGGCAACUACUGGGGUGUGUCGCCUUGGAAAGAAGUAAUUGGAGGCGCCGCCGAGGAACCAGGGGGCUUGGAAGUUGACAGAGGGGGCGGAGGAAGUAUGGGUGGAGGCGCUUGUUUGUGGGUCCGGCGUGCGGGUUUGCUGGCAGGUUUGGGGACGCUAUGCAAGGAACACGCCAUCACGUCUCUCGCUGUGUGUGCCGCCUGGGAUGUCAUAAGGCACAGGAAGCACGUUAGGAGAUUACUAGCCCGGAGACAUCUUCCAAAGGAGAUGACGCCCCCCCUUCAUCGCCUCUGCUGGAUGGCCGGAAUGGGUGCCGCCAUCUUGGUCCUGCGGCUGUGGAUGCUACGGGGCUCGUCACCCGCCUUCAGUGACCAGGACAACCCCGCGUCCUUCUCCCCCUCCCUCAUGACAAGGGUGCUCACGUUCUUGUACCUGCCGGUGCUGAACGCUUGGUUGCUGCUAAAUCCCCUCACGCUGGCUCACGACUGGCAGAUGGGUUCCGUGCCGCUGGUCACCUCCCCGGUUGACCCAAGGAACGCAGCCUCCAUCCUUUUCUACAGCUCCCUCCUGCUGCUCCUCCGCGCCGGCUGUGUAAUGAAGGGACGCGAGGGGAAGGCCAUCCUACUGGGGCUGUCGCUGCUGGUCCUCCCUUUCCUCCCCGCCACCAAUCUUUUCUUCACCGUCGGUUUCGUGGUGGCGGAACGAAUCCUGUACAUCCCUAGUCUUGGCUACGCGUUGCUUGUAGCUGUAGGACUAUCAAGAGCUGGUAGGAUGCGGGCGCCUUGCCUGCUCCUUCUGCUUGUUAUGUUCUCCUGCAGAACUCUCCAACGCAAUAGGGACUGGGAGACGCGGGAGACUCUCUUCCUAGCGGGACUGAGGACGCUCCCACAUAACGCUAAGAUGCACUACAAUUUUGCCAACUUACAAAAGGAUAUUGGCAACAUUGACCUGGCCAAACAACACUAUCAGGAGGCUAUCAGGUGAGUGUUACCUCCUAUUUACUUGUGUGUUGCGUUUCUGUAAUAUAAGUGGGAUACGGUUGUGCAUCGUGUGUGUGGUGCGGUUGUGUACUAUGUGUAUAAGUGUUUUUUCUAUUAUAAUCAUUUUUAUGUGUACGAGGUC